AUGUUCCUCAGCCUCCUCACCUCUGCUCUCCUCUUCUCUAGCAUCAGCAAUGCGCAGAUUAACCUCGGGACUGCUGCGUCCUUUGCUGUUCUUGGUGGCUCAACAGUGACGAACACAGGCCCAACAUUUAUUACUGGUGAUCUUGGCGUCUGGCCUGGGACGUCUAUCACGGGUGGGGGUUCAAUUACGCUAGUUGGAGCUGUACACCAAACUGAUGGGGUCGCUCAUGGAGCACAGAAUGAUCUGACGACUGCAUAUACUACCGCAAUGAAUCUGGCAUCUUCGACCUUGGCAUCAGCGCAACUUUCUGGUCAAGCACCUCCUCCUGGUGUAUAUGAUUCACCUACCUUGGAUCUUAGUGUUGGAGGAACUCUCACGCUUAACGGAGGUGCGAAUUCAGUUUGGAUCUUCAAAGUCGGUUCCACCCUGGUCACUGGAUCAGGCUCGGUAAUUGCCCUGACUGGAGGUGCCCAAGCUUGCAACGUCUUCUGGCAAGUGGGUAGCUCAGCGACCCUGGGAACAAAUAGCGUUUUCGUUGGGACCAUCAUGGCGUUAACUUCCAUCACAGCGCAAACUGGCGCGACCAUCAACGGACGCCUUCUUGCACGUAACGGAGCUGUGACUCUGGACACCAAUAGAAUCAUCAAUCAAGGUUGUGGAAUUACUCCGCCUACGACGACAACAGUAGUUGUGCCCACACCCACGACAACUACUGCCGGAUCACCAAUCAUCAAUGUGCCUAUUUUAGGGCCCAUCGGGCCCAUCGGGCCCAUUUCGGUGCCCAUUGACGCUGGCAGCGGCAACAUCGGCGACAACGGCAACGGCAACGGCAACGACAACAACAGCGGCAACGGUAGCGGCAACGGCGGCAACGGCAGCGGCAGCGGCACCAGUGGUAACGGUAGCGGCAACGGCGGCAACAGCAACGGCAACGGCAAUAGCGGUGGCGGAAAUGGAAACGGCAAUGGCAACAACGGCAGCGGUAACGGAAAUGGCAAUGGCAACAAUGGCAGCGGUAACGGCAACGGCAAUGGCAACGGCAAUGGCAAUAGUAAUAUCGUCACAUUGUCCACGUCACACACAACCACGUCACCCACAACCACGUCGUGGAAACCAUACUCAACUAUCACGUACAAUCACCCCGACCACAACCAAGACUACAACCAAGAGCACGAUCAAGACUACAACCAAAAGCACAACCAAGACUACAACCAAGACUACAACCAAGACUACAACCAAGACUACAACCAAGACUACAACCAAGACUACAACCAAGACUACAACCAAGACUACAACCAAGAGCACGAUCAAGACUACGACCAAGACUACGACCAAGACGACAACCUAGGAUGGGACUUUUAA